AUGUCGACCAAACCCUCCUCAGCCUCAUCUCCCGCUAAACCCUCGCCAUCUCCAUCGUUACUACCGCAAUGGAUCCUCCCCGCCGCCCUAUCCGGCCUCUGCGCCGCAGCGAACGGGGUCUUUGCGAAACUCGUCACGACGCAAUUGACGACAUCCUGGGCGGGAAUCCUCACAGAGGUCGUCCUGAAUCUUUUCUUCCUCCUCCUCAACAUCUCAUUCAACGGCGUAAUGUGGGCGCUUUUCACCAAAGCUCUGACGCUCGCAACCAGCAGCGUGCAGGUCAGCGUGAUCAAUACCAGUGCGAAUUUCAUGGCGACGGCGAUUCUGGGGAUGGUCGUUUUUGGGGAGGAGUUGCCUGCGUUGUGGUGGGUUGGCGCUGCGAUGUUGAUCGCGGGAUCGGUGAUUAUUGGGAGGCGGGAUGGCGAUGAUGUCGCUGCGAAGAAGGAGAAGAAGAGUGAUCAGCAGGCGAAAGAUGAUGCUGACAAAAGCGCGGUGUCAUCGGGUUCAAAAGCAAGUCAUCCUGCGAUUUUUGUUGAGGCCGCAACGGCGAAUGGUGGACUGACGAUGUUACAGGCGCGAGCAGGGAAUCCAGACCUGAGAAAGAGGGUAAAUUGA